AUGGUGAACGGCGAACCGAAUGGAGUCCACUCGGACUCCAAUGGGGUCGCAAAUGGCGAAGUCCAACAUUGCGACGUCGUGAUCGUGGGUGCCGGUUUCAGUGGCAUGUACGGACUUCAUCGACUGCGCAAACUAGGCUACAAGGUCAAGGCGUUCGAAAUGGGAGGCGACUUUGGCGGUGUAUGGUACUGGAAUCGCUAUCCAGGAGCCCGUGUUGAUUCGGAAUGGCCAUACUACCAACUCAGUCUUCCCGAAGUCUGGAAGGAUUGGAAUUUCACCGAGCGCUUUCCUAGCCACACAGAAAUCCGCAACUAUUUCGCCCAUGUCGAUAAGGUACUGGAUAUCCGUAAGGACGUGGUGUUCAACGCGAGGGUGAACUCUUGUACCUGGGACGACAAGGAGCAUCGGUGGACCGUCAAAACCGAGGCCGGCCACACAACUGUGUGCAAAUAUCUCUUCCUCUGUACAGGACUCCUCCAGCGCCGGCACUAUCCCGAGUUUCCAGGUUUCGACCAAUACAAGGGAGAAGUGCACCAUUCCGGAUUUUGGCCAGAGGACCUAGACGUGACUGGGAAGAGGGUGGUCGUGGUCGGUGCCGGGGCGACGAGCAUCCAGAUUGUGCAAGAGUUGACCAAGAAAGCAAGUCACCUGUCGAUGUUGAUGCGGCGUCCCAGCCUGUGCCUGCCCAUCCGGAACCGCCCUAUCAGCGAGGCGGAGCAGGACGGCAUGAAGCCUUACUACGACGUGCUCUUCAAGGCCGGCCGGAAAUCUGCGGGCGGCUUACCCAGGGGGCCUCCCGAUGCCUCAAUCUUCGAUGUCUCGGACGCCGAACGAGAGCAAUACUACGAAGAGCUCUGGAAGUGUGGGUCCUUUUCGUUUGGAGCUUCCAAUUACAAGGAGAUAUAUUUCGACCAGAAAGCAAAUCGAAUUGCAUACGAUUUUUGGGCCAAGAAAACUCGAGCUCGCAUGUCGAACCCCGUGAAGAGGGAUUUGAUGGCCCCUCUCGAGCCCCCCUACCCUAUUUUGACCAAGCGAUGCCCCUUGGAGAUCGACUAUUACGAAAUGCUGGAUCAGGACCAUGUCGACAUUGUGGAUCUCAACACCAAUCCUAUCAAAACGUUUACUCCCACAGGAAUCGCCUUUGCCGAUGGGACUGAGAAAGAUUUUGACAUCGUCAUCCUGGCCACGGGCUUUGAGAGCUUCACUGGCUCGGUUUCAAACAUGGGCUUGUGUGACAAACACGGGGUGGAUAUUAAAAACAUAUGGUCCAAGGAUGGUAUCAAUACGUAUCUAGGCAUGAUGGUCCGGGGUUUCCCCAACUGCUUUAUGGUCUACAGUCCACAGGCCCCGACUGCGCUUUCCAAUGGGCCGACAAUCCUAGAAUGCCAGGUGGACUGGGUGGUCGAUGCCAUUGACAAGCUGGAGAAGGAAGGUAUCGAAACGAUAGAGCCGACGCAGGAAGCACAGGAUGCGUGGGGACAAAUGAUUCACGACAUGAGCAUGAAGACAUUGUUCCCCUUGACGAAUUCCUGGUGGACAGGUGGCAACAUCCCUGGGAAAAAGAUCCAAAUGCUCACCUACACGAAUGGCAUUGCUCAGUACGAACCACAAUGUCGGGAGACCCUCGAUGGUUGGAAAGGAUUUGAAAUCGUCAAGGCAUAA